AUGCAGCUCCCAAUGAAGACUCUCAUCGCUCUCCUUCCCUUCUUCCUUCAAGUUAGUGCUCAAGCUACAGGCUCUGGUACCACCACCCGCUAUUGGGAUUGCUGCAAGCCUUCUUGUGCAUGGGAUGGCAAAGCUACUCUCGAAUCUGGCUCGGGACCUGUUGGAACCUGCGACGUGAAUGACUCUCCUCUCUCCGACCCUACCGCCAUUGCUGUUUCGGGAUGCUCCGGUGGAACUUCCUACAUGUGCUCGGAUCAAUCUCCUUGGGCCGUUACUGAUGAUCUCGCCUACGGUUACGCAGCCGUCAAUAUCGCUGGUGGAAGUGAAUCUUCUUGGUGUUGCGCAUGCUACGAAUUGACUUUCACCAGCACUGCUCUUGCUGGCAAGAAGAUGAUUGUUCAGGCCACUAACAUCGGUGGUGAUCUCGGAUCCAAUCAGUUCGAUAUCGCAAUUCCCGGAGGCGGUGUAGGAAUCUUCAACGGUUGUACCACCGAAUUUGGUGUUCCUUCCUCAGGAUGGGGUGCACAAUACGGUGGUGUCGCUGCAGAAUCCUCUUGCGCAACCUUCCCCGCUGCUCUCCAACCAGGUUGUGACUUCAGAUUCGCAUGGUUCGAGAGUGCCGAUAACCCUACUGUCGAUUUCAAACAGGUUGAAUGCCCAGCAGCAUUGACUAAGAGCACUGGAUGCAAGAGAGCAGAUGAUACAAGCAUGCCUGCUCCAGAUGUAUCGGGAAGUGCUUCCGCUAGCCCGGUAGCUACAUAUUCUUCUGCUGUUGUCAAUAUUGUCAGCUCUAGCUCAAGCAGCGCCGUUGUGAUCCCAAAUCCAGCCAGCUCUUCAUCCGCUCUCAUAGCACCAACCUCCGCCGUCGUCGUCCUAACAUCUUCAGCUGUCGUUGCACCAACUUCAGCUUCUUCUUCCAAGGUUUCCUCUGUAGCAGGUAUCUCCACAUCGGCUCCAGCCCACACUCACACUUCCGCCACGAAAUCCGAAAAGAAAAGUUUGACUGUGGCUCCUCAAUCUACCUCCACUGUUUCUGCUGGAUACGGUGGUGGAGAAGAUGAUGAUACCUGCGAUAUCGAGUAA